UUUAGCAUAAUUGUUUUUACAAUCUUAACCAUUAAUUACUUGAUUGUGUACACUCCAUAACAACGGCAGGAAAAGUGCUGGUCUACAACCAUGUUUUGAUCUGAUUUUGCAGCCAAUGUAGUUAUCCUCAAUCCGAUUCAAGAGAUCUUCUAACUCAUCUGAAACAUAACAAGUGCUGAUUUAUGUUGAAUACUCUUAUAUCAAUGCAAAUGCAAACAUAAAUAAUAAUGACAAUAACCAUAACAAAUAAAUUGCUACAUGGCAUGUAUAACAUUUUAUUUGUGUAUUUUCUAUUAAUUUUUUUUUGUUUACUUUUAAUAUUAUGUAGGUAUAAAAAUAUAAAUUAUAAUGUAUAUAUAUAUUUUUUUUUUUUAUGUCUAUCAAAAGUAUUAUAAAAAAAUACACAACAAAAAAUAAAAAAAACAUUGUAAAAAAGUCAACUCAAAUACUUAAACGUAUUAUUGCCAAUUUUUACUAAUAUUGUACGUAUUGUAACUUUAUUUUACUUCAUAAUACAUAUUAUAAUGAUGUAUAUAUUGUUUGUUAAUUAUCUUAAUUAUUUCCAUAUUUCAUAAAUUGUAUUUUACUAAUAUUUGUGUGUACAACAGUAGGUCCUUUACAUUUUACUUUAUAUUUCUUUGAAUUGUUUUUUGUACAAUGCACAUAAUGUUAUCAAUUUAAUGAAUGUAUUAUGGGCUAAACAUAAACAUAUUAUAUGUGUAUGUUGGACACAGAUUCAAGUUUAAAUUGAUCAAAUAAUUAAAUGUUUUUAUUUUAUUUUAUAAUAUUAUAACCGUCAUACAUCAAUUUAUUUUUGUCUUUAUUUUGUUUAACAAUGUCUUUAAGAAACAUAGCAAAUAAUAGUGAUUGACAUUGUAUAAUUUUUCAUUGUUAAAAUACUAAUAAUAAAAAUAUUAUCAUUGGAUGUACUGAUUAGUAACUAAACUAGGGUUGCCAUAUGUCUGGGUACACCGGAACAUGUCACCAGUUUAUAACUUCAAUCCCAGUUGUCCCGUUAGACCCUCCCAAAGUCCGGGUUAAGACUUAACCGAUAAAUUUUACAACAAAAUGAAGAAAAACCGCAAUCCAUCUGCUGAUCAUAGUAUUCAAAACAAGCAAACGCUAAAUACUGAUGAUAUAGUUGACCUAACAUCAGAAGAUGCUGGAACAAUUGAAUCUGGUCUUGAAGAAUUAAAUAUUGCUGAUAAUCCUCGAGCCAUUAAGAAAACAGUACCAAAAAAAGAAAAACCAAAGCUUCGACUAAAAUGUAAAUCACAUAAAAGUCUAUUUUAUGUAGCUGUCGGAAAAGCUAAAAAGAUCUGGGAACUUAUGCGUCGUGAUGAUUGUACUAAGGAAAAAAAAGUAACCUUACUGAAGGACCUUUUUAAAUACUCCAAACCCCAUUUACAAACAAUGGUUUAUUUACAUGACAACAUUUGUAUAGUUCAAUGCCUGUUGAAACUAGGAACACCAGAAAUUCGUUCACAAGUCAUAAAUGAGCUAAUAAAACAUGUUCCAAAAAUUAUAUUUUGUAAGUAUGCUUCCUCAUGUGUACAAAAUAUGUUAAAACAAGGUGAUGCAGAACAGCGUAAAAUUAUAAUUAAUUCCUUGAAAGGAAAAGUCAAUAAAUAUAUAUUACAUACAAACUCUGCUAAGAUCAUGGAUUUGAUUUAUACAACUUAUGCAACACCGGAGCAGCAGAAUGCAAUGAUGCAUGAGUUGUAUGGUGCAUCUAGUGUCUUAUAUGAUUCACCCAAUGUGUUAUCAUUAACUGACAUAUUGGAGAAUUCACCAGACUCAAAGGACAUUAUACUUGCAAAAACAACAAAAAACAUUAGAAAAUUUGUUUUAAAACAAGAUACUUCUAUGCAGACAACAUUAGUUCAUAAUUUGAUUCGUGAAUACAUUGUAUAUACUGGAUUAGAAAAUUGUUAUGAACUGAUCACUUUCCUUAAAGAACUUCCAAUAGAACUAUUUUACUCAACCAAAAGUGGUUGUUAUAUUGCUAUGUCCAUGAUAAAUUGUGCAAACUCUAAGGAGCACAAGUCUCUAUUGAAAAAAAUUAAGGCUACUGCUGCUACGCGUGAUUUAGCCACAUCAGAUUAUGGAUAUUUAAUUUUGUUUGGCCUUUUCGACGGUGUUGAUGAUACAGCUCUGAUAAAAAGGAUAAUCUAUCCUGAAAUUUUGAAUAAUCUUGAAGAAAUUGUAAGUAAUGAGAAUGGCCGUAGGUUGAUGUUUUCAUUUGGGGUUUUCAGACGUUUACCAGAAAGUAACGGCAUAGGUGAGCGAGCAAGAAGACUCUCAGUUUCAAUUUUCAAUUCUCUUGUACGUUGUAUUCAAAAGAAUCCAAUGUGCUGGAUUAGUAAUCUAGAAAUGGCAAUGGUAUUAAAGGAUAUUAUACAUGAAUGCAGAGGAGCAAAAUUGAAAAAGUUAAUGACAACUGUAAUAAACUUUAUUUUUGAUCCUAAAAAUAAAUUAAAGGAUAGAUUUCUUGGAAAAGUUCCUGUUUAUGAACACUCUGGUGUUCUUAAGGCAAUAGAAUUGUUAAUGACUGGCGAUUUUUUAUUAACAUUAAAUAAUGAAAUAACAUUUUCUGAAGUAUUAUCAUCUAUAAUUACAACUGACAUAAUAAAAUCAUGGGUUAAACGUAAAGAUGCCUGUUAUUUGCUUGCUAAAAUGAUGGAUUCCGAAGUCGAGUUGGUUGUGGAAAAUAUAAAAUCAUUGUUUUCACCAACAAUUAUGGAUUUGUUAAAGGAACAACAAUUUGAUUUGGCUCAACGUUUAGUGUUAGAUUUAAGUUAAACAAAAAACGUUUUAAUAUUAGACAUUAAACAAUUAAAAAUGUGUAUAAAAUACUUAUAAGAGACAAUGAUAUCUAUUUUCAUAGUUAUAAAUAUUAAUUAUAUUUUUCCUGUUUUCGACAAUUUUUUUUAAGAUACUGUAUAAAUGCCAGACAACUUGGACAAAAAAAUGUUUACAUUAAGUAUUACAUCUAUUUUUUCUAUCAAUGAUUUGAUAUAUUAUCUAUUUUUCCUACAGUUUUUAAUUUAAAUGAAAAAUUGGCUAACAAAAAUGUAUUAGUUAACUGACUUUAUUUAAUUUACAUUUAAAUUUAUGUCACUGGUACAAAUAACUAUUCCCAAUUUUAAAAUACAUAAUAUGUUGAUUUAACACAUUUAAAA